CUUUUUCUUUGGUCCUUCCUCUCUUUCUUCUUCCUCUUUCUUCUUGGGUCACUCUCCUUCUAUCUUCUUCUCCUUCCCUUCCCUUCAUCUUUUAUUUUUCUUUGAGAACCUAGGAAAACCGGAACUUGGGUCCUCUCAAAAACCCAGAUCUGGGUUUCCUUCUUCUCUACUACCCCUCCCGACUCUCCAUUUUCACCCCUCCUUAGCACGAGCUCUUCCAUGAACAAGAAUUCCGUUUGUAAAGUUAUCAAAAUAGCACCUUUUUAGCUUAAGAAACGAGAAGCUUAGAUAUGAAAUAUGGGAACUCAAGACCCAACUUCUGUUCUUGUCUCAGACGCUGAUAACGAGACCUCAGUGACGAUAAUUGGUUGAAAAGGAGCAACUUUGCAAGUGUAACACUACUCUAUUGAUUCGAAUUUUCUGCACUUGUAAGAUGGCAUUUGAUUAAAUAAAAAAUGGGCUCAAAAUGCCUUAUUAUGUUGGUUUUUUUAGUCAGGAACACCGCACGACUCUCUAGCUUUCGCUGAAGAAAAUACAGAGAAACUUGAAACGAAAACCUCUCAACCCAAGAAGAAGAUGUCGUGGCAAACCUACGUAGAUGAUCAUCUCAUGUGCGAAAUUGAUGGCAAUCAUCUUACCUCCGCCGCCAUCAUCGGCCAAGAUGGAAGCGUCUGGGCACAAAGCUCCAAUUUUCCUCAGUUCAAGCCUGAGGAAAUUAGUGCUAUCAUGAAUGAUUUUAAUGAACCUGGGUCACUUGCUCCAACUGGGUUACAUAUUGGUGGUACAAAGUAUAUGGUGAUCCAAGGUGAGCCAGGAGCUGUUAUUCGUGGGAAGAAGGUAAUGAUCUGCACCAGCUCUUGGGUUACUUUGUUUAUGAUCCAAAACUACCCAAAGAAAGACUACCUAUACCUCGACAGUGGUCACUUAUGUACUUGUCCUUGCCUGACACAUUUUCCAACUUUUGAGUAAAAAAUCUUGACCCCCCAAGUGCAAAUCAAUCCGUUGGGGGGUUCAUCUUGAGAAAGACCUGGGAAGAAAAGGGAAGACUGAGGAUUGCCAUUUAUCUAUUAUUUUACACUUUAGGACAUAUAAAGCAGUUCUGAAUUUCUGAGUCCUCACAUCUUGCAUUCAUUCGGUAAAUGGUUAAUGUUGUAUUAUGGGCUUUCACUCUUUUAAUUUCAGGGACCUGGUGGUGUUACCGUUAAGAAGACCGGUCAGGCCUUGAUCAUUGGCAUCUAUGACGAGCCAAUGGCUCCUGGUCAGUGCAACAUGAUUGUGGAAAGGCUUGGUGAUUAUCUUAUUGAGCAGAGUCUUUAAUCCCUUUACCAUGGCUUCUUGUCGCAAUUCUUGGCUUAUACAAAACUUGCAUCUGCCACAUCCUGUUGUAGUGGUUAGAUGUGGUUAAAUUAAUACAAGUAUUUUUGAAGUCAUGGGGAAACCUUUUGCAGGAGUUAUGGGUUUGGUGUUUGUAAAAGUGAUGGAUUAUGUUCUCUUAUUGCCUUUGAACUUGUUGAAUGGAUGGUAUUGCUAAGGUUGUGAAGUCAGGUUCUUUGUCUUCGUUCUGGUUGUUUUGUCGAGUGAAUGUGUUAGAUUGAUUGGUUUGAGAUUUCUCUCUUUUGCUUAGAGUUUCCCCCCGCUUUUUGGCGAAGGAAUUUGUCUUCUUGGCAUGAAUAAUACCUGUUCACUUUC